CGACGGGUAUAUAUUACGUUGGAAUCGAAUCUUUAUGCAGAAUGACGUAUCGACACGAUCCAGUCAAGGUCUAGAUUGAAAGCGUGUUUCUCGCAGUUUGUGCAGUUCUUUCGUUGGAAACAGUUUCGUUUGAAAUGUUACGGUCGAUUGUAUAUAUAUACGUUCUACUAUUUUCUGUGACAAAGAUAAUAUUUGCCCAAUCUUCGUGUUCUUGUAAUCAAACAGAUUUAAAUUUCGCGACUGGUAUCAACCUGCUCUAUUAUAAAUGUAAUAGUGAAAUUCCUGCAACAAUCGCCUAUCCCAUCACAGUGCCACAGAUGUUACUCAAUGUGUUGGAUGAUGACAAACGGAUAAUUUUUUACAUUUUUGGAUAUUUACAAUAUCCGGAGGAUUUAAAUGUUCAGCUAAUGAUGGAAGCACUUUGUUAUGGAAGAACGGAUAAUGUUGUGCUACUUGAUUGGAGUAAAUAUUCUAAAGGCUCUUACUCGGUCGCUUUUAGAAAUGCUGAAAAAAUAGGAAAUUUAUUUGCACAAAGUAUACAACUGCUUGUGGAUAGUGGCCUAGAUGUAUCGAGAAUUUAUAUUGUCGCGCAUUCGUUGGGUGCUCACAUAGCUGGCUUUGUCGGUAAAUGCAAUGUCUUCAAGAUACCUCGCAUUACAGCAUUGGAUCCUGCGAAUCCUCUUUUUUAUCUUCCCGGAUGUUAUCUUACACGUAACGACGCGGAAUGGGUCGAUGUUAUCCACACGGACAAGGGUGGAUAUGGCACCCCAACAUCUAUGGGUACAGCAGACUAUUAUGUGAACGGUGGAACUCGUCCUCAACCUGGUUGCCACUUUAUUGGUCUACCAUUAAGUGAUAUCGAUCUCUGUAGUCAUCAAAAAUCAGUCGUGCUAUAUGCAAAAUUGAAACGUCAUUCUACCAAAUUUAUUGCGAAGGAGUGUUCUUCCUAUUUUAGUCAUAUAUUCAAUAGUUGCAAUAAGACUCGGAAUAUUGAGGUUGGAUAUACAGCAAAAAAUAUACGCGGAUCAUUUAUUUUUGAUGUAGAUACUAUAUAGAACGAUUAUGUGUAUUGUA